CUCUAGACAUAUAGAUUACGCAGGAGUCGAGUCGAGAAGACAGGAAACUCGUGAAAUAGGAGGCAGAGGACAUGGGUAGUGUGAAAGCAGUUGCUCUUAUCACCGGAGAUUCCAAAGUCCGAGGCUCUCUUCAUUUCGUUCAGGAUACCAGCGGGCCUACACAAGUAAAAGGGAGAAUUACUGGGCUCUCUCCGGGCCUUCAUGGUUUCCAUAUUCACGCUCUUGGUGAUACCUCCAAUGGUUGCAAUUCCACUGGACCUCAUUUUAAUCCAUUGAAGAAGGACCAUGGAGCUCCUUCAGAUAAGGAGCGUCACGCAGGUGAUUUGGGUAACGUUGUUGCAGGCCCAGAUGGAGUUGCUGAGGUUUCUCUUAAGGACUGGCAGAUUCCACUAAGCGGACCUCAUUCCAUUCUUGGGAGGGCAGUUGUAGUGCAUGCUGAUCCUGAUGAUCUUGGCAAAGGUGGACAUGAACUCAGCAAGACUACUGGGAAUGCAGGAGCAAGAGUUGGAUGUGGUAUCAUUGGCCUUAAGUCAUCUGUUUAGAGAGAAUUGCUUAUUGGGCAGUUACACAACCUAAUAAAUGUGGUUUAGUCCUCUCUCUUUCCAUAUGUGUUCAGUGUUCUAUAAUCUUGUAAUAAUACUAUUAUAUUGGUAUAGGAAUGCUUUACUUGGAAAAUUAAUGCUUGCUUCUUCGUUAAGUUCGGUUUUGAGAAAACCAUUCUUUCCCUCUUGAGUGCGCUUUUUUGCUUAGUAAACUGGCAAAACUAUCAAUGUAGACCAACUUGAAAGUUCUGUUUGUUAUACAAGUAACUUAGAAAAGUAAA